UAAGCAUUUUAUAGUAGUAAAGGUUACAUUUUGAUCCUUAGCUAUUAUCUUUUGCGAUCAUGGAUUUUUCACAGUACUCUUCAAUCCAAUCGCAAGUCGAUAAGAUUAAGGAGAAGAUGUUCUCAAGUACUUGUGAUCCCUACUCGUUCAUUUCUCCUUCCGCUUAUGACACUGCAUGGUUAGCCAUGAUACCUGAUCCACAUCAACCUCUGCAACCUAUGUUCAAGAAUUGCUUGGACUGGGUCCUUUACAACCAGAACGAACAAGGGUUUUGGGGAGAGUGUGAUGCCCAUGGCAUGCCCACCAUUAAUUGCCUUCCUUCAACCCUUGCUUGUAUAGUUGCACUCAAAAAGUGGAAUACUGGGGGCGAAAGUAUCAAGAAAGGAUUGGCCUUCGUCCAUGCAAACACGGAGAAGCUUAUCAGAGAGAUGAACAAGCAAUACUGUGGCCGUUGGUUUGCCAUUGUUUUCCCCGCCAUGGUUGAGCUUGCAAAUACAGUAGUUGGCGAAGAGCUUGUCUUCCCAGAUAGCUUAAUUGGAGUUGUUUCAGAAUUAUUCAAUAAACGGCAACAGAUUCUUGAAAAGGAGGAACUUGUGGAUAUGCACCAAAAUUCCCCACUAUUGGCAUAUCUUGAAGCGCUGCCUACAUCUUAUGAUAUUGAUAAAGAUGUUAUACUUAACCAGCUGAGCAAUGAUGGCUCAUUAUUCCAAUCCCCCUCCGCCAUAGCAAGUGCAUUUAUGGCCACGGGAAGCAAAGAGUGCAUGGCUUACUUAGUAUCACUCGUACAAAGAUAUGAUAACGGAGUUCCUCGGACCUAUCCCAUGGAUGAAGACCUCAUAAACCUUUGCAUGGUUAAUCAGUUAGUACGGUUGGGCAUAGCUGAGCAUUUUGUCCUAGAGAUAGAAGAAAUCUUGGAACAAGUUUACAGGAAUUAUCUGAAUCAAGAAGCUUGGCCGAAGAGCAAUUCAGACGUUGCAGCACAGCUAUUAAAAAAUUCACUAGCGUUUUGUCUCCUGAGGAUGCAUGGGUAUAGUGUAUCAUCGGAUAUCUUUUGCUGGUUCUUAAAUCAUGAAGAUAUUCGAGUCCAAAUAGAAAACAACCAUGAAUACUUUUCAAGUGCCCUGCUUAAUGUCUAUAGAGCAACAGAUCUCAUGUUUUCAGGAGAAGAUGAUCUUCAGGAAGCCAGAUCAUUUUCGAAACAAAUACUUGAGAAAAUCUUAUCAGUGGGAACUAGAGAUCAAACUCAUCUUUCAUUGCCAAACUUGCGGAGAGUGAUUGAGCAUGAGCUAAGUCUGCCUUGGUUUGCUCGACUGGAUCACCUGGAACAUAGGAUGUGGAUCGAAGAAAAUUACUCCAAUUUUCUCUGGAUGGGAAAUAUUAAAGCUGCUUCAACCGAAAGGUUUCCAUGCCCUGAUCAUAAUAGUGAACUCGUCCGUCUUGCAAAGCAAAACUACGAAUUAAGGCAGUCAAUCUAUCAGAAUGAACUGGAGGAAUUGAAAAGGUGGUCCAAGGAGUGGGGACUUACUGAUAUGGGAUUUGGUCGAGAGAAAACUACGUAUUGUUACUUUGCUAUUGCUGCCAGCAGUUCCUUACCUUAUGAUUCAAACAUACGAAUGAUGGUCGCAAAGAGUGCAAUAGUUAUUACAGUGGCUGAUGAUUUCUAUGACACGGAAGGUUCUCUAAUUGAGUUGAAAGGUCUCACCAACGCAAUUCAAAGAUGGGAUUCAGAGGGCUUGAGUGGCCCUUGCAAGAUUAUCUUUGAUGUUCUUGAUAAUCUUGUAACUGAGAUUGCAGCAAAAUACAUGCAACAGGAAGGAUGUGACAUAAAGCACAAUCUCGAAGAUAUAUGGUAUGAAACGUUUUUAUCAUGGUUUACCGAAUCGAUGUGGAGUAAAACUGGAUACAUACCCUCAAUGGAUGAGUACCUUGAAACUGGCAUGACUUCGAUAGCCACACACACCCAAGUUCUUUCAGCUUCAUGCUUCUUGGACCCAAGUUUGCCAAAUUCCAAACUCAGGCCACCCCAAUAUGAGAACAUUACAAAACUACUCAUGAUAAUCGCUCGUUUGUUGAACGACACACAGAGUUACCAGAAGGAAAUAGAGGAAGGGAAAGCGAACUUCGUUUCAGUCUACCUAACAGAAAACCCGGAGGCAGACAUUGAGGAGUCAAUCGCUUAUGUGAGAGACAUACUUGAGCAAAAGAAGAAAGAGUUUCUCAAACAAGUUCUUAUGGAUGGAUUUAGUGAUUUUUCAAAACCAUGCAAGUAUCUCCACCUAUCUUGUUUGAAAGUAUUUCAGAUGUUCUACAACUCUGCCAAUCGAUUCGACUCCAACAAUAUAGAAAUGCUUCAGGACAUUAAUAAAGCAAUCUAUAUUCCUGUGGAAGUUGGAAAAGAAAAGCAGCCUUUGAAGCCUGAUCUGAAGCCACUGAAGCCGGUACCUGAUCUUUAUUCUGGAGCAACGAGCGCAAAGCUGAAAAUCAACUCUCAGUACUUUAACCGUCCCAGCUCCAAGCAUUGGAUGAUGAGAAGUUUUACAACACAACAGGUCUCUUGGCAGCUUGCUUCAAGAGUUAGAUUUUGCUUCACUUAAUUAAGUCGGUUCCCGAAAUCAUGAUGUAUUUGCUGUAUUUAGCUCCGAAAAUUACUAGAUUGUGUAAUCAUGUUGGCAUGAUGUGAAAAUAUGUUGGAAUAAUAUAGUGGGAACUAAUUUG